CGGCCCGGCCGCCCCGCGCUCCCCGGCGAGGCGCCGCCGCCCGGCCCGGCCUCGCCUCGGACGCCUCGCUCCGACAUGCCCCGCUCUGGCGGCCGGGCUCGCGGAGGAUCAUGACUGCGGCAGCGAACUGGGUGGCGAACGGGGCGAGCCUGGAGGAUUGUCACUCCAACCUCUUCUCGCUGGCUGAACUCACGGGAAUCAAAUGGCGUAGGUACAAUUUUGGAGGGCAUGGGGACUGUGGACCCAUAAUUUCAGCCCCAGCCCAAGAUGAUCCAAUCCUGUUAAGUUUCAUCCGCUGUUUGCAAGCCAACUUGCUGUGUGUGUGGCGUCGUGAUGUCAAACCAGAUUGCAAAGAGUUAUGGAUUUUCUGGUGGGGAGACGAGCCCAACCUAGUGGGUGUAAUACAUCAUGAACUGCAGGUUGUGGAAGAAGGACUCUGGGAAAAUGGUCUUUCCUAUGAAUGUCGGACACUGCUCUUCAAAGCCAUCCACAAUCUGUUAGAAAGGUGCCUAAUGGAUAAGAACUUCGUUAGGAUUGGGAAGUGGUUUGUCCGACCAUAUGAAAAGGAUGAAAAACCAGUCAACAAAAGUGAGCAUUUGUCCUGCGCAUUCACAUUCUUUCUUCAUGGAGAAAGUAAUGUGUGCACAAGUGUGGAGAUUGCCCAACACCAGCCAAUUUAUUUGAUCAACGAGGAACACAUACACAUGGCUCAGUCUUCACCUGCUCCAUUUCAGGUAUUGGUAAGUCCUUAUGGCUUAAAUGGCACGCUAACAGGCCAGGCCUACAAGAUGUCAGAUCCAGCCACCCGUAAGUUGAUUGAGGAAUGGCAGUAUUUCUACCCAAUGGUGCUGAAAAAGAAAGAAGAAUUGAAAGAAGAGGAGGAGUUGGGCUAUGAUGAUGAUUUCCCUGUAGCAGUGGAAGUAAUUGUUGGUGGUGUGCGGAUGGUUUACCCUUCAGCGUUUGUUUUAAUCUCUCAGAACGACAUCCCGGUUCCUCAGAGCGUUGCCGGUGCUGGAGGCCAUGUUACCGUCGGGCAGCAGGGGCUGGGCAGCGUGAGGGACCCGAGUAACUGUGGGCUGCCUCUCACCCCCCCCACCUCUCCGGAACAGGCCGUGACAGGGGAGAGUGGAGGUACGCAGAGUGCGGUCAGUCACCUAGGUUCCCAAGACGGCGGGAUGAUAACUAUGCACAGUCCAAAGAGAUCGGGGAAGAUUCCUCCAAAACUCCACAAUCAUAUGGUCCAUCGAGUCUGGAAGGAAUGCAUCCUCAACAGAACCCAGUCCAAGAGGAGCCAAAUGUCAACUCCAACUCUUGAAGAAGAGCCUGCUAAUAAUCCUGCUACUUGGGAUUUUGUGGAUCCAACCCAAAGAGUCAGCUGUUCUUGCUCUAGGCAUAAACUUUUAAAACGUUGUGCAGUAGGACCCAGUCGGCCUCCCGCAAUAUCUCAGCCAGGGUUCAGUGCCGGGCCGUCUUCGUCUUCAUCUCUACCACCUCCUGCUUCUAAGCACAAAACAACAGAGAGGCCAGAAAAGGGAGACAAGUUGCAGAAGAGACCCUUGAUACCAUUUCACCAUAGGCCCUCUGUGGCCGACGAGUUCUGUAUGGAGCAAGAUCCACCAGGACAGAAGCUAGGGUUGGCAGGGAUCGACUCCUCCUUAGAGGUGUCUAGCAGCAGGAAGUAUGAUAAACAAAUGGCCGUGCCUUCCAGAAAUACAAGCAAGCAAAUGAAUCUGAAUCCUAUGGAUUCACCUCAUUCCCCUAUUUCCCCUCUGCCGCCAACACUCAGCCCUCAGCCACGAGGUCAGGAAACGGAGAGUUUAGACCCGCCAUCUGUCCCUGUGAACCCAGCUCUCUAUGGGAAUGGGCUAGAACUCCAGCAGUUGUCGACUCUGGAUGACAGAACUGUCGUCGUAGGCCAAAGACUGCCUCUGAUGGCAGAGGUCAGCGAGACAGCCUUAUACUGUGGGAUCAGGCCCUCGCAUCCGGAGUCGUCGGACAAGUGGUGGAGCAGUUACCGUCUCCCGCCCAUCGACGAUGCUGAGUUCCGGCCUCCAGAGCUCCAGGGCGAGAGAUGUGAUGCCAAAAUGGAGGUAAACUCAGAGAGCUCCGCAUUGCAAAGACUCUUAGCACAGCCUAACAAACGGUUUAAAAUCUGGCAAGAAAAGCAGCCCCAGGUGCAGCCACUCCACUUCCUUGACCCAUUGCCUCUGUCUCAGCAACCUGGAGACAGUUUGGGAGAAGUCAACGAUCCCUACACCUUUGAGGAUGGCGACAUAAAGUACAUCUUUACAGCAAACAAGAAAUGCAAACAAGGGGCAGAGAAAGAUUCCCUGAAAAAGAAUAAGUCAGAGGAUGGAUUUGGUACCAAGGAUGUCACUACACCAGGUCAUUCCACGCCGGUGCCUGAUGGGAAAAAUGCCAUGUCUAUUUUCAGUUCUGCCACUAAAACAGACGCCCGGCAGGAGAGCGCUGCUGGUAGAGCCGGCUCCGGCAGCCUCACGCAGGUCACCGACCUGGCACCUUCCCUGCACGACUUAGACAACAUCUUUGAUAAUUCCGACGACGACGAACUUGGGGCUGUAUCACCUGCGCUGCGCUCAUCAAAAAUGCCUGCAGUUGGGGCAGAAGACCGACCCCUUGGGAAGGAUGGAAGAGCGGCAGUUCCUUACCCACCAACAGUUGCAGACUUGCAAAGGAUGUUCCCCACCCCUCCUUCUUUGGAACAGCACCCGGCAUUUUCUCCUGUGAUGAAUUAUAAAGAUGGCAUCAGCUCAGAGACAGUGACGGCAUUAGGCAUGACAGAGAGUCCUAUGGUCAGUAUGGUGUCAGCACAGCUCACUGAAUUCAAGAUGGAAGUAGAAGAUGGACUAGGAAGUCCCAAGCCAGAGGAAGUAAAGGACUUUUCAUACGUGCACAAAGUUCCAACUUUUCAACCUUUUGUGGGCUCCUCCAUGUUCGCUCCGCUGAAGAUGCUGCCGAGCCAGUGCCUGCUGCCUCUGAAGGUCCCCGACGCCUGUCUGUUCCGGCCUUCGUGGGCGGCACCUCCUAAAAUCGAACAGCUGCCUGUGCCGCCUGCAGCCAUUUUCAGUCGAGACGGCUACAACAACGUGCCUAGUGUUGGGAGCCUUGCAGACCCAGACUACCUGAAUACUCCCCAGAUGAACACGCCGGUGACGCUGAACAGCGCUGCCCCAGCCAGCAACAGCGGAGCAGGAGUUUUGCCAUCUCCAGCAACCCCUCGCUUCUCUGUCCCCACACCACGGACCCCCAGGACCCCAAGAACUCCCAGAGGUGGGGGCACUGCCAGUGGUCAGGGGUCGGUUAAAUAUGACAGCACCGAUCAGGGGUCACCUGCCUCUACCCCGUCCACCACGCGGCCCCUUAACUCUGUGGAGCCUGCCACCAUGCAGCCCAUUCCUGAAGCCCACAGUCUCUACGUCACCCUGAUCCUCUCCGACUCCGUGAUGAACAUCUUUAAAGACAGAAACUUUGACAGCUGUUGCAUCUGUGCCUGCAACAUGAAUAUCAAAGGGGCGGAUGUUGGGCUCUACAUCCCCGACUCUUCCAACGAGGACCAGUAUCGCUGUACCUGUGGGUUUAGUGCGAUUAUGAAUCGCAAACUUGGCUACAAUUCGGGGCUCUUCCUGGAAGAUGAGUUGGAUAUCUUUGGGAAGAAUUCUGAUAUUGGCCAGGCUGCAGAGAGGCGCUUGAUGAUGUGUCAGACUACCUUCCUCCCUCAGAUGGAGGGGGCCAGAAAGUCCCAGGAGCCACCCGUGAGCCUUCUCCUCCUCCUCCAGAGUCAGCAUACGCAACCUUUUGCUUCACUGAGUUUCUUGGACUACAUUUCCUCCAACAGUCGCCAGACUCUUCCCUGUGUAAGCUGGAGUUACGACCGGGUGCAGGCUGAUAAUAACGAUUAUUGGACGGAAUGCUUUAAUGCCUUGGAGCAGGGCCGACAGUACGUGGAUAAUCCCACGGGUGGGAAGGUAGAUGAAGCGCUGGUGAGAAGUGCCACCGUGCACUCCUGGCCUCACAGCAAUGUGCUGGACAUCAGCAUGCUCUCCUCCCAGGACGUGGUGCGUGUGCUGCUGUCUCUGCAGCCCUUCCUCCAGGACGCCAUCCAGAAGAAGCGCACAGGCAGGACCUGGGAGAACAUCCAGCACGUGCAGGGACCGCUCACCUGGCAGCAGUUCCACAAGAUGGCAGGCCGGGGCACCUACGGUUCGGAGGAGUCCCCUGAGCCGUUGCCCAUCCCCACUCUGCUGGUAGGCUAUGACAAGGACUUCCUCACCAUCUCGCCGUUCUCCUUACCAUUUUGGGAGAGGCUGCUGUUGGACCCGUACGGGGGCCACCGUGAUGUUGCCUAUAUUGUGGUGUGUCCAGAAAACGAGGCCUUGCUCGAAGGAGCCAAAACUUUUUUCAGGGACUUGAGCGCUGUAUAUGAGAUGUGUCGGCUUGGGCAGCACAAGCCCAUCUGCAAAGUGCUCCGAGAUGGGAUCAUGCGCGUGGGGAAGACUGUGGCACAGAAGCUGACGGAUGAGCUUGUGAGCGAGUGGUUUAACCAGCCUUGGGGCAGUGAGGAGAAUGACAAUCAUUCCAGACUCAAACUUUAUGCGCAAGUUUGCCGCCAUCACCUAGCACCUUAUCUAGCCACUCUGCAGCUCGAUAGCAGCCUGUUGACGCCACCUAAGUACCAGUCCCCACCAGCAGCAGCACAGGCACAAGCUACACCCGGGACCGCUGGGCCUCUCGCUUCAAAUUCAGGAUCAGCAGCGCCCUCGGCUGGCAGUGCAUUCAAUCCCACCUCUGGCAGCAGUUCCGGGAACCCUGCGGCAGGCGGCCCGGCCCCCGGGUCCUCUGUGCCGCCCGCCUCCGCGUCCGCCCCUGCUCCUGUCGUUAACCAGAUCAGCACUACCUCUUCUUCAGGAUUCAGUGCUAGUGUCGGAGGGCAGAACCCCAGCACCGGGGCCAGUUCUGCAGAGAGAACGCAAGGGAACGUAGGCUGUGGCGGGGACCCGGAGCCUGGGCAGAGCUCCUCUCAGCCCUCGCAGGACGGACAAGAAAGUGUCACAGAAAGGGAAAGGAUAGGAAUUCCCACCGAGCCCGACUCUGCAGACAGCCAAGCCUACCCGCCAGCCGUUGUCAUUUACAUGGUGGACCCCUUCACCUACACUGCAGACGAAGACUCCACUUCUGGAAACUUUUGGCUGUUGAGUUUGAUGCGCUGCUACACAGAGAUGCUGGAUAAUUUACCUGAGCAUAUGAGAAGUUCUUUCAUUCUCCAGAUCGUGCCUUGCCAGUACAUGCUGCAGACAAUGAAGGACGAACAAGUUUUCUACAUUCAGUACUUGAAGUCCAUGGCCUUCUCGGUGUACUGCCAGUGCCGGCGCCCUCUGCCCACACAGAUCCAUAUCAAGUCCCUCACGGGGUUCGGGCCCGCCGCCAGCAUUGAGAUGACCCUCAAGAACCCAGAGCGACCCAGUCCAAUCCAGCUUUACUCCCCUCCUUUUAUACUGGCCCCAAUCAAAGAUAAGCAGACGGAGCUGGGAGAGACUUUUGGGGAGGCGAGCCAGAAGUACAACGUGCUCUUUGUGGGCUACUGUCUGUCUCAUGACCAGCGCUGGCUCUUGGCUUCCUGCACUGACCUCCAUGGGGAAUUACUAGAAACCUGUAUUGUAAAUAUUGCUUUACCAAACAGAUCACGGAGGAGUAAAGUAUCUGCACGUAAAAUUGGACUACAGAAGUUAUGGGAGUGGUGCAUAGGUAUUGUCCAAAUGACAUCUCUACCCUGGAGAGUGGUAAUCGGCAGACUUGGGCGGCUUGGCCAUGGUGAGCUUAAAGACUGGAGUAUCCUCCUUGGAGAAUGUUCACUACAGACAAUCAGCAAACGGCUCAAGGACGUGUGCCGGAUGUGUGGGAUCUCUGCCGCAGACUCCCCUUCUGUUCUCAGUGCCUGCCUGGUUGCCAUGGAGCCCCAGGGCUCCUUUGUGGUGAUGCCAGACGCCGUCACAAUGGGCUCUGUGUUUGGCCGGAGCACCGCCCUGAACAUGCAGUCGUCACAGCUGAACACCCCUCAGGACGCCUCCUGCACACACAUCCUGGUGUUUCCCACCUCCUCAACCAUCCAGGUGGCCCCGGCCAACUAUCCCAACGAAGACGGCUUCAGCCCCAACAACGAUGACAUGUUUGUUGACCUUCCGUUCCCAGAUGAUAUGGAUAACGACAUUGGCAUCCUAAUGACUGGCAACCUCCAUUCCUCUCCCAACUCCUCCCCAGUUCCUUCCCCAGGCUCUCCGUCUGGAAUUGGUGUGGGCUCUCACUUCCAGCACAGUCGGAGUCAGGGUGAGCGUCUUCUUUCUAGAGAGGCGCCUGAGGAGCUGAAGCAGCAGCCUCUGGCCCUUGGGUAUUUCGUGUCAACUGCCAAAGCGGAGAACCUCCCCCAGUGGUUUUGGUCAUCAUGUCCCCAGGCUCAGAACCAGUGCCCCCUCUUCCUAAAGGCUUCGCUGCACCACCACAUCUCUGUCGCACAGACGGAUGAACUUCUCCCCGCCAGGAAUUCUCAGCGGGUUCCCCAUCCUCUUGACUCCAAAACCACGUCUGAUGUUUUAAGGUUCGUCCUGGAGCAGUACAACGCUCUGUCCUGGCUCACGUGCAACCCGGCCACCCAGGACCGCACCUCCUGCCUUCCCGUCCACUUUGUGGUGCUCACGCAGCUGUACAACGCCGUCAUGAACAUACUUUAACCGGAAAAGCACUUGUGCUCUCUGGCUCAGUCCCUCCCCCCUGCAGCCUCGGUCCCAGGACCCCCUGCACUCUGCACAUGCCCCACAUGCUCUUCUUGAGACCCCUCUCCACAGUCCUGCACCGUGACGACUCCUCGGCAGGCACGUGUCAUUUCUGCAGUGUUCAUUACCGGAGCGAUGCAUUGACACUUCUCUCACGGACCUGGAAACUUCCAUAAGCGCUGACUUUUCGCCAGUGUUCUGGUGUGUGCGGCCUCAAACCACUGGUCCACGGGAAGUUUUUGUUGUUGUUGUUGGUUUUAAAGAGGGAAACAGAAGAGACAGUAUCCUUUUGCACAAGAGUCUGUGUUUCCAGUCUCUGUUUAAAAGCAAGGGCAGCUUAGCCCUUCGGGAUGAAAUCCUCUAGUUGUUGGUGUCUGGCCUGUGGGUUACCUGAACUCCAUCAUCUGGAGCUUUUUACAGAUAAGAACCAGCUCAAGUUUAUGGUUUCAUCAUGGGGUUUCUGUCCCCCUAGGGGUCCCAUCUAGAUCGGCAUGGAUGCUUUGGUUGCCUUCAUACCCGUGUGUAGCUACAAAAGGUCUGGAGACAUCUUCAUUUUGUUUAUUUAUUUUCAGUUGUUUUGUCAUAUGUUUUCUGUGACUUAAUUUUUUUAAUUCAUGAGGACCAGGUACAGUAGCUGAAACCCAACUCAGACCCACCAUAGGAUUCUUUGACUACAUACCUCUGUCCUAGAAGCCGGAAAAGGAGUGAAAACAGAUUGGGGAGAUAUGCCUAAAAAGUAAUAUAUUCAAAACCACCCAGCACUAGGCUUUAUUCAGAACAAACUGGGUGAAACAUUCUGCCAUGUUUCUUACUAAAAGCGGCCAGCGUUUCACGAGGGAUAACAUUUUAUACAGAAGGCGUCAAGCUCAGCCCAGAGCCACGGAGGCAAGUAACCUUCAUCAGUUUUAUAGAAUCACAACGGAAACCUAUUUUCUAGUGAAUUCUUAUUGAAAGCCAGGUCUCUCCUCUCAUUAGAUCAAAAGGGACUCAUGUAUAUAUCAUAAUGGAAAGUGUUUGCUCAUAAAAUCAGUUAUAAAUAUGGUGACUUUUUUCUGGACCAUAGGAAUAUUAUUUCAAAGAAAUAUUACAACUUAACCAUUAAAUUAGUACUUGAAGUUGAGCCUUUGUGGUGGGACUUUUUUUUAAAAAAAUAAUAAUGCCUUUUUAAAGCAUUAAUGGCUAAUUGAAGUAUUUUAUGACUCCUCAUUCCAGGCCCAAGAGGGGUGUCUUUAAGACCCCGUUUCUGACCCUGACGUCGCAGCGCGUUUCUGUCUGAGGGCACUGGGCGUGGGCUUGCCUCCCGCACGCCGCGCUGGGCAGGCUCUUGAGCUCUAGUCAUCCGUGGAGAGAAUCAUGCAAAUUUUAAAGUUCUUCCAAGAGACUUCCAUAUCCUGGUUAUUAACAAAAAAAAAAAAAAAAACAAAAAAAAAAAAGAAAAA